AUGUUUUUAUUGUGUCUAAUUAGCUUGACCAAAUCGAUUGAUUACACUGGCAUUCAAGGGGAGAUGAUGAGUAUAAAGUGUGAAGAUAAUUAUAUCUUCGAAGAAUGCAUAUUUAGAUAUCAUGGUAACUAUGAUUCCAGUUCAGCACUUUUUAUACAUGAUGGCACAAAUAGCCAGAGAGUUUCUUUGUAUCGCACAACAUUUUCCAACUGCCAGGCUAAUCAGGGUGGUGCAUUUAGCUUCACUGGAAAAUAUCAGCUUUAUUUGAGGUCAGUUUGCAUUUACAAUGCAAGCACUGAUGAUAAAGCUGGACUAUUUUACGUUCAAAUGGAAUAUCAACCUCAAUUUAGUUACAUAUCAUGUUCCGACUCAACAUCUUUAUGUCAAACAGAAUUAUUCCUUAAUGAAGGUCCAAAUAUUGAGCACAUGAAUGUGUCAGCAUGUAGUGCGACAUAUUCAAGGACUACAACAUACUGGAGUUAUGGAGUUUUGUAUGUCCAGUGUGACUCAAUUGUUAACCUUAGAUAUUCAAAUUUUGAAAGCUGUUACAGUCCAGAUGGUAUUGUUUAUAACUACCGAACAUCUAAAAACUUUUUGGUUCAGUACUGUACUUUCAGAAAGAACAAAGUAGAUGACUAUUCCAUGAUUUACUGUGAAGAUUGCAGUGGUGAAAUGACCAUCAUGAACUCAUAUUUCAUCAACAAUAAUUUGAAUUCAAAAGGCUAUUUUGCAGGUGAUAAUUCUAUCAUUAAUUUGGCUUCAAGCGUUUAUGUUGACUCAACAGCCAAAUCUUGGUCAGUGACAACCAAAGGAAUGAUUUAUGUUGAAUCGAUUGAUUUGCCUAACUACCAAUAUUUCCAAAGUGAUGAAUGUCAUGCAAUUAAUCCACUUCCUGAAAUGACACGCACUUUCGAACCAACUCUUAUUGAAACUGCAAUGCAAACACCUCAUGUAACUCCAGUUUCAACAGUUAUGAUGACACCAUUUAAUACAGCUGAUAUAACUCCAAUUCAAACACCUUUCUUCAUAGAGAAAAAUACUGCAUUUGAAACGCCUUACACAACGCCUUAUCUUUCUCCUGAACUAACAGCAAUAGAAACCCCAAUCAAGACACCAAAUGUAACUCCAUUUGAUACAGAAUUGGAAACACCAUCAUUUACUCCAUCUAAUACAGAAGCCCAAACUCCAAUAAUUACGGCUUUUGAAACGCCAUUUAUUACAGAAAAAGAAACGAAUGCUUUCACUCCUGUUGAUACCGUAGUAAAUACACCAGAAGUUACCAUGAAUGAAACUCCUUUCAUGUCACCUUAUUCAACAGCCCAUGAAACUGCAGUAAAUACGCCAGAAAUUACAGUUUUCCAAACGCCAUUCAUUUUCCCUGAAAUAACUGCAUACAGAACUGUAAUAAAUACGCCAGAUGUUACAAUGAUUAAAACUCCAUUUGUAUCACCUUUUAUUACUGCAUACGAAACUGCAGAAAAUACACCUGAAUUCACAGCAGUGGAAACACCAUUUGAAACUCACCAGAAUACACCAUUUGAAACAGCUAAAGAAACACCAUUUGUUACACCAGCCAUAACUGUAAUUGAAACUCCUUUUGAAACUGCUGAAAGUACACCAAAUGAAACGCCUUAUAUCUCCCCUGAUGUUACUGUUUUUGCAACACCUGAAGUGACAGCAAAAGAAACAUCAACUAUUGAUUCUUCUUUAUCAGAUAUUACAACUGAACCAUCUAAAGAAACUUUCAGUUCAUUGUCAUCUGAAUCUUCAUCACCAGGAAUAACUGGAAACACAAACGCUGAAGGAGGAAAGGCUGCAAAAUCUACCAAAGGAAAGUCCAAUAUUUUGAUAAUUAUCAUUGUUUCAAUUGUUAUUGCAUUGAUAAUUAUAUCUUUGAUUGUUGUUUAUGUUAUUUAUAGAAAGAGAAAGGAAAACAGUGAAUCUGAAGAUCCAUCAUCUCAAGAAAUGAACGAAACAGUCAUUAGUAACCAAAUUUCAGCAAAUGAAACCUUUGUUUCAUAUGAUAACCCAUUGUUCACCACUGAAAUUGAAGACGAAAGUGAUCCAUUCAGAAGAGAUUUUGAAGAAAAUGAUGUCUCUUAUUUUAAUUUCAAUAAUUAA